AUGCCAAUCUUCUGUGAAGUGCGCACUCGUGGCUGCUCCACCAAUCAGCACCACGAAGAAACAGCAACUUCAACACAAAGCUCGGGUCGACCGCACCCACAGGACCAAGCGGUGGCUUCUAACACAGCUGGAGAUGGACGUAGGACCGUCCCACGAGCGCUGGAAAGGGUCGCAGAAGCGCCUGAGACGUUUGUUGGUGGUCCAGAUGACGAUUUCGUCGAGGAAAUCGAGAGUGAAGCGAACGAGAUUCGACUGUUGAUUGCUCGAACGGCGCAGCUGUGGUCUCGAGUGGAGUCGGGACAGGACGUUGUUGCUUCUGGACCUUUUCAGCCUUUAUUUCGAGGUGGUCCAGCUCCUGCUUUGUCCGGCAGGAGCACUUUAAGCAGCGAUGACGAUGAGGUUGACGGAGACGAGGACGGUAUACAGACACAGAGUGAUGAAAUGGGGCUCUGUGACGCGGUACGAGGUGGGAGAGGGCACUCUAACGGUACUGGAGCGUUUGGACAGUCGUUCACGUCUAUUGGCAGCAGCAGCAGUUUCUUCCCUUCUUUUCCAUUGAUUGAACGAGAGGAUCAAGGAGAAGGGGAUGGUGACCUAAGGAGCGUCGGUCGUAGGUGCGCGAGCGUGAGUGAUGGGGAGACAGGUGGUGAACAAAUGAGUGAAAGGAGUGGAUUGAUGCUGGAGCAAGACGGAGUUGUUGGGGCGUCGAUUCGAGCGCUGAACGCUUCGAAAGCUUGUGUCGUACAAAAUGCUGUAGUUGGACACCUGGUGCAAUUAGGGUUUCAUGAGGAGGCCACGCGGGUAGCGCUAGAGGCAGGUGUUUAUGAGAUUGAUCACUAUGACGCUGACUGCGAGUUGGAAGACGCCGACAUCUUCAUGUCGCUGGUGAAAUUAGUGUGUGACGCGCAUGUCGAUGUCCUGAAUGAUCGCAAGGAGGACAGACAACAGUGGGUGCGAGGUUCUGCAGGUUAUGAACAAGUUGACGUGGCGGACGGAACAGGAACUUUCACCUCUGAGCAGCACGCGUUUCUUCCGUUCGAGUGGCCUGUUUUUGACAUGGCACAAUUCGAGUUCGGAAAUGCGCGCCCGGGGACGUGCUUUAACAGCGUCUGCGUGUUGACAAACCUACCAAAAGUGUCAAUGGACCGCACGGAGGAAUUGAUGGAAUUGUUGUCUUACAAUCUGUUUUGCAUGAUUGAUGACCCUAUUCAAGUGGCCAUUCCAUCGGCACGUUCCACGGGGCGUACGAAAGGACAUGCUUUUGUAGAAUUCGAUGAUCCAACUAUCGCACAGAGAUGCGCAGUGGCAGUGGAUGGGCUGACAUGGGGGAAAGGACCAUCUGGCAGAAUCAGGGGGAACUUGUUUCGACGAUAUCAAUCGAAAUUCUCUACUGCAAAGCGUAGGCGAACACCUAGAUUGGAUGAAGACGAGGCAUCGCCUCCUCGUUUGCUUUCAGGUAUUCCCAAGUCGAGGUCCGUCAGGAAUACUGCUCCUGCAUCACCGCGUCUGCAUCAGCAAUUUUUGCCCAGUCGUGAUUCUAUCCGGCAGCAUUUGCUCUGUGACAGCGAUGACGAUAGCUCUGACACGGGCGAGUACGUUGUUUGCCGUCCUUCAGGGUAUGCACGGUUUGACCCGUCCCCAUUGCUGGAUCCAUCUUCAGGCAGCGUUGAUAUCGAAGCGCAACAUAUACCUAUUGAGCACGAUUAUACGGAGCAGCUUGGCUGGAACGACAGAAUGAUGGAUGUUGGAUGCACGAUGCAGCAGCGGAGUCAAGUGGAGGACAACGAUGAAAUCGGCGAAGUUGUCGACAAUGACGGCGUGUUUGAAUUCCAAGGUCUAGAUGAAGGAAAGCUGAUGGGCCAAUUACGUUUUGACGGCAGUCACUGCAAUAGCUCGAUUUGCUCGCAAACUCGAGUUUCAUUGUCGUCCGACGAAGAGCUGGAUGCUCCAUCGCAUCGGACAUCAACGGUGUCCGCCAUCGAACAUGAAGCUCAUGCUGAUUAUAUUAUUGAGAAUUCCGAAGGUAUCUACGAUAGCGAUGGUGGCACCGAAAAGCCAUGGCGGAGAUUCUGCAAAGACUUGAUCGUCUGUAAUCGUGAAAUGCAAGAGCAACUUGCUCUGGCGCGCAUUCGCAUCGUCCAGCUGAGCCGCAACAACCAAAAGCUGCACUUGCUAGCUGACCGUGUGGAGCGAGAUCGUGAUGGUUUACUUUACGAAAACGACUUACUGCAGACGCAACUUUGCGGGUACGAAGACCAGAAGCGGCGUUAUGACUCUAUGAUGAAGGAGUUGGUGUCAUUGCGGAAAUACGUAGCCGAGCAAGAACAGUCCUUUGUUGCACGAAGCCCGAAAUGUGAACAUUUUGCUACCGGUGUCAAUUCUUUGGAUGCAGCCUUGAGUUCCGCCGAUAGCAUACAAGCAGCGCUUUCCCACGUAUCCUCGGUCUCUCUUGCAAAUUGCGAAUUUCAGGAGCUGAAAGAGUGGGAGCAAAAGCUGGAGAACACGUUGAGUCAAGUGCGCUGUAGUAAAGAGGAAAGGGCGCUAGAACUGCAGAAGAAGCUUGACCGCCAGGUCGAAGAGCAGAAUGAGCUCAAGCUUUGCGUGAUCUGUCUCGCCAAUGAGAAGAGGAUUCUGUGUCUACCUUGCCGUCAUUUAUGCUUGUGCGAGACGUGCGCCUACCGCCAAGAAGUGACCAAGUGCCCAAUUUGCCGCUUAGAGAUUGCGGAAGUACUUGCCGUGUACUCCUAA